AUGUUCUACCAGCUGCGAUGGUUCGACCCGAGCCUGGUCCCCUCUGAGAUUGCCAGGCAAGCUGGUUACCUCACUGCUGCUUUUGCCGCUGCACAAUGCCUCACGUCUAUGUGGUGGGGGCAUGCUGCUGACGACCCUCGACUUGGGCGCAAGCGUGUGUUGCUCAUCGGACUCUCUGGUACGGCCAUAUCGGCCCUGGGGAUGGGAUUCGCAAAGUCUUUGCACACGGCCUUCUUCUUUCGGUGCUUGGCCGGUGCAUUAAACGGGAAUGUUGGUGUCCUAAGGACUAUGGUAUCUGAGAUCGUUGUCGACAAGCGUCACCAAACUCGCGCCUUUCUCCUUCUCCCCAUGUGCUUCAACGUCGGUGUCAUUAUUGGGCCACUUCUAAGUGGUUUCCUCGCAGACCCGAUUCAUGCCUUGUCGAGCCUCUUCGGCCCAGGCUCCUUCUUUGGAGGCGUAGAUGGUGUCCGGUGGAUGAGGAGCUUUCCGUACGCCCUCCCCAACUUGUUCUUCGCCAUCACACUUGGAGCAGCAGCACUUGGUAUUAUCUUGGGCCUCGAUGAGACACAUCCGCAACUGCGGCAUCAGCGGGAUCUCGGCCGCGUGCUAGGAAAGUCAAACAUGGCUACCAUCAUGAGACGCAAGAAUUCGGGCUACGAAUAUGAGGCUAUCCAAGACGACUAUUUGCCAACGCAAACCUCACAUCUUCUGGAAGACGAAAUCGACGGGAUACCGGAGCUUGAGCCGGAGCCCAAACAAAAGUCGUCCCUCCGCGCCAUAUUGACCAGGAAGGUCUGCCUCAACAUGGCGCAGCGCUUCCUACAGUCACCACACGUUUCAUCAUUCAACUCCAUGUUCUUCAGUCUUCUUCCAGCACCCCAAGCGGACGGACACAAUUUCCACCUCCCGUUCCGAUUCGGUGGUGGUCUUGGGCUCUCGAGCAAGAAGAUGGGAUUCGCCAACACCAUAAUUGGCAUGAUCGGCAUACCAUUACAGUUGUUCAUAUAUCCACGGCUCAUUGGCCGCCUGGGCGUCAAGAACUCGUACCGCUACUUUCUACCGCUUGGAAUCGUAGCGUAUGUCCUGGUGCCCUACCUGGUUUUGCUGCCUGCGAGCAACUCGGCCCUUGUGUUGACGUGCCUAUCAGCCGUGUUGUCAAUGCAGGUCUUGUCUCGUACAUUCGUCAACCCAGCGACUGUGAUGCUGGUGAACGAUUGUGCACCAACGCCAGAUACUCUAGGAACUGUACACGGCAUGGCUCAGAGUACGUCAAGCGCUGCCCGGAUCAUUGGACCGACGAUGGGUGGCGCAGUUCUCGGCUGGGGACUGAGCAACAACUUCGUUGGGUUGCCGCUGUGGACGCUUGCUGUGAUUGCAUUGGCAAACUGGAUCGUCAUUCUGGGUAUCGAGGACGUGAAUAUGCAUCACUGA